AUGACAAUCGAACCACGCAUAGAGGAUUUACACCUCACCACUGAUCCCCUAAUCAUAUCCGUCGCGGUAGGCGACUAUAAUAGGAGAAGAAUCCUGGUAGACACUGGGAGUUCUGAAGACAUCAUCUACAAACACUGUUUUAACAUAAUGCAACCAGAAGAUAGAAAAUUGCUCGAGUCGGUACAUGCCCCCAUUAAGGGGUUCACCGGAGAAAAGGUUGAUCCAAUCGGCCAAAUUACCUUCCCAGUAACAUUCGGACAAACCCCCUGGGAAAGAACCAUACUCCUCAGGUUUCUUAUGGUACGCGCUGAGUCUUACCACAAUGUAACCAUUGGAAGGUUUACCCUGGGAAAACUUGACGCAGUAGUUUCCACGGCGCGUGGGUUCAUGAAGUUUCCCACCCCGCGGGGGAUUGCAACGGUAUACCGUGACAAGCUGGGAGAAGUUUUAGAUACAAAGAGGUGCCAACAAGGACCUACGGGUGCAAUUGGCCCGGAAAGGUGGGUUUUAAGCACACGCCAUCCUGAGCAAACAGUUACAAUAGGAGACAACCUCUCUCCCGAAGUUAAAAACAAUUUGAAACAAUUUCUAAGGAGGAACGCCGGUAUCUUCGCCUUUGAACACUCUAACAUGACCGGGAUACCCUGGGAUAAGGCAGAACACAAGUUGGCCACGCUCCCAGGCAUUAAACCCGUCACCCAGGGGAAACGUAGCAUGGCCCCUGAUCGAGAGGUGGCGGUAGUGAAGGAAGUACGCAAGCUGGUCGAAGCUGGAAUCCUCAGAGAAACUAAAUAUCAUACAUGGAUAUCGAACCCCGUGAUGGUUAAAAAACCAGAUGGCACAUGGCGGAUGUGCAUUGACUUCAAAGAUUUGAACAAAGCUUGUCCUAAAGAUGCUUAUCCGCUGCCCGAAAUGGAUUUCAAAGUUGACUCGUUGGUCCCUUAUAGGUACAAGUGUUUCUCUGCCAUUCUAUAA